GGGCGGACUGGUGGGCAGAGCGGGCUGGACGAAAGCGCUGAAGGGGCAGGGCCAGGGUCGAGGGCCGGGAGGGGCGGGAGUGUCCGGCGCCGAGUCCAGAGCCUCGCGACACCCCGCGCCCUCUGCAACCCAGGUACAAGGCCUUUCGCGGCGCGCAGGGUACCUCACCUCUUCUACUGGAAGUUGCUGGCUGUGCGUCUGGGCUUCAUCAUCGCCUUCGAGCACGUGGUGUUCUUCUUCUUGCGCCUCAUCAGCUGGCUCGUGCCCGACGUGCCAGCCGGACUGGCCACCAAGAUAAAGCGGGAGCGCUGCCUGGCCAAGCAGGCGCUGGCUGUCAACAGCGAGGCGCUGCUCUGGGUCCGCGUGGCCGGCCGAGCCUGGUCCGACCCCUGACCACGCCCCCUAGAACCGCCCCCAGACCGUAACUCAGCUCUCUUGCCCCGCCCUCUGGUUUGGCCUCGCCCAAAGGGAGGAUUGGCCGGAUUCCUCCGAUUAUCGCUUUGCCCGGCCCUUCACCAAGCUCCGCCCACGCCACGCCCUCUUUUACAUUAAUCCCAACAGAGUCCCUCCUGCUCUGGAGGGCCAACGUUCUCAGCCUGACCAAGCCAUGCUUUGUGUCCGCUGCAGCAGGGGCGCUGUCCCUGGAGCCCAGGAUGCAGAGGCGAGUGAGCGCGACUGCCCUUCCAGGACCCUAGGUCCCCCAGGAUGCUCCUUCUAUUGGAGUCCUCUGCCUCCAGCUAGGGGUCUGGGCAGCACCUUGGCCAGCGGCCCCAAGGUCCCCCCAGAGCUGGGAAGAGAGGAUUAGGGUUCCUUGGGGACCCCUCGUCCUGCAUUGCCGCCCUCUCCUUGUUUCCCAUCUCCUGCCCUUGUGCAAUGCUGACAAUAAACUUCUCUCUGCACCCCAGCUUGCACCUCUCCGUGGACACCUAGCUCCCCCCAGCACUGUGCAGUGUCUCCUCAUUACGUGACAAUGCUCUGGGGGGCCAAAGUGUACGAGAGGAAGCGGAGGGACCUAAUCUCUCUGAAUGGAAUGGUCUCCAGUUGGUAGGGGAGAGUUCAUUGGGGUCUGGGCCCUGGAUCCCCUGCCCUAUAUGUUCAUCGAGGCCUAUAGUGUGUGAAUAACAAUAACAGGGUUUAUUUAGGUCAGCUGAGACACCUCUCAGUGGACUUUCACACACUUUUCACCAGAUCCUCCCCAAAGCCUGGUGAGGCAGUACUGUGCAGUGGUUAAGGACACAGGUUGGUGGUGGAGCCAGACAGACCUGGAUUUGAAUAUUAGUUCUGACUCUUAUUAGCUGUGUGACCUUCGGCAAGUUAUUUAAUCCCAUAUACCUCACUUUCAUGAUCUGUAAGAUAGGGACUUCACAGAGCUGAUGAGAGAUUUAAAUGGGAUAAUGCCAGUGACCUAACCUGUACAUGCCUCACGUCCUCAUCUGAUAAGUGGGAGCAGUAACAAAAUCUACUUUGUAGGGUAGUGGUGGAAAUUAAAUGAAUAAAUAGGGGUGAAGUGCUCAGAACAGUGCCUGGCACCUAGUGAAUUACAAUAAGAGUUAUUAGCAGCGUGAAUAUUAGCUUUCUGGUAGAGGAGGCUCUUAGAAAUGGUGAGAUGGAUCAUUCCAGGCAGAAGGGGAGGAUGGGACAUUCAUGAGGAGUGGUGACGCUGGAAGCACUGGCCAGGAUGAUGCUAGAUGCGUCACAACACCAACUUUCACGAUUUCCGUCUCCCAACCUAAGAGACUAGUGUCCCCGUUUUAUAGAUGCUGUAGUUGGCUCAGAGAGGGUCAGCACACUGUGGAGUUUUCAGGGUCUCUGAAGAGCCCAAGUCUUGGGAGGUUCUCUGUGAAGCUCCCAGGAUGCUCCCCAGCCCCAAGGACCCCCUGAGCACAUCUCACAUUUGAGAAGGUCCAGAAGAGGGGUGACCUGUCUCCUGGGAGGAAAAGCAGUGCCUCCCUCUUCUUUAGGAUGUCGGUCUGGGGUCCUUCUGAGCCUCUCCUGGGCAUAGGACUCCCAUUGUUCCAGCCCCCCUCUUGUACCCCAGACUGGCCAAACCGGUUCUGGGGAAGGGGGGCGGGGAUCAGGCACGUUGAGACAGCCGCCCGCCUGCCCGCCUGCAAGGUUCCCUCCACCUUCGCCUCCCCCUCCGCGCCCCACACAAUAACCAGGAGCUUGCAUUGCCCAGCUCAGGGGCCAUGCUGACAUCGCCCCCUGAGGACCUGGCUGCAGCCCCAGAGUCCCCAGGGUGGUCUGGAGGCCUGGACCGUGCCGGAGGCCAGACGGAACUCCCUGGCUGAGCCUUAUGAAGCUACCGUGACCAUCCCAUUUACCAGAUGAGGAAACUGAGAGACUUGCUCAGAUGGACAGAAGUUUAAGGUGGGUGGCAGAGCAAAGGAGGAAUGGACUGUGGGCCACCUGCCACCCUCCAGUCUCACCUGGCUGGGCCGCCUGGCACUGCCCGCCAUCCAGUAGCUGUGUGCCAGCAGGAGAGUCUGUCCUUUGCGGAACUGCCCACCCUGCAGCCCCCAAACCCUGUGUGUCUGGAUCUCUUCCCCGUCGCUCCAGAGGAGCUGCGGGCUCCUGGCAGCCGCUGGUCCCUGGGGACCCCUGCUCCUCUCCAAGGGCUGCUAUGGCCACCAUCUACAGGAGGUCCAGACACCAAGAUCUCCACCAGUGGGGGCAUGCGGCCCAGCAGGGCUGGCAGCUGGCCACACUGUCCUAGUGCCCAGCCCCCAGCUCUGGAGGGACCCUGGAGUCCCCAGCACCCACAGCCGCAGCGCCGGGCCAGCCAUGGCUCAGAGAAGAAGUCAGCCUGGCGCAAGAUGCGGGUGUACCAGCGUGAAGAGGCCCCUGGCAGCCCGGAGGCCCAUGCUGUCUUCCUGGAGCCUGGCCAGGCAGCGGAGCAGGCCCUGAGCACGGAGGAGCCUCGGCCGCUGGGGCUGUCUGGGCCCACCCGAGCUGGCCUCGAGGGGCCUGAGCGGAGGCGCUUCUCAGCUUCUGAGCUCAUGACCCGGCUGCACUCUUCCUUGCGGCUGGGGCGGAAUUCCACAGCCAGGGCACUGACCCCUGGGUCAAGCCCUGGAGCAGCUCGGGAAGGGAAAGCGUCUGGAAGGGAGUCGCGCAGUGUAGAAAUGAGGGUGGACGGUAUGGCGAUGCCAGCCCCUGUUGACACGAGCGGGGGCCAGGGCGGCUGGUCCGAGCCCAGGCUGGACGCGCAAGAAGAGCCGGCUCUGGGUUCUGGGAGCGCCAGCGAGCGGCGCCAGUCACGGUUCCUCCUUAACUCCGUCCUCUACCAGGAAUACAGCGACGUGGCCAGCGCCCGCGAACUGCGGCGGCAGCAGCGCGAGGAGGAGGGCCCGGGGGACGAGGCGGAGGGCGCGGAGGAGGGGCCCGGGCCGCCGCGCGCCAACCUCUCCCCGAGCAGCUCCUUCCGGGCGCAGCGCUCGGCCCGAGGCUCCACCUUCUCGCUGUGGCAGGACAUCCCCGACGUGCGCGGCAGCGGCGUCCUGGCCACACUGAGCCUGCGCGACUGCAAACUGCAGGAGGCCAAGUUUGAACUGAUCACGUCCGAAGCCUCCUACAUCCACAGCCUGUCGGUGGCCGUGGGCCACUUCUUAGGCUCGGCUGAGCUGAGCGAGUGUCUGGGGGCACAGGACAAGCAGUGGCUGUUCUCCAAACUGCCGGAGGUCAAGAGCACCAGCGAGAGGUUCCUGCAGGACCUGGAGCAGCGGCUGGAGGCAGAUGUCCUGCGCUUCAGCGUGUGCGACGUUGUGUUGUGCCACUGCCCAGCCUUCCGCCGCGUCUACCUCCCCUAUGUCACCAACCAGGCCUACCAGGAGCGCACCUACCAGCGCCUGCUCCUGGAGAACCCCAAGUUCCCUGGCAUCUUGGCUCGUCUGGAGGAGUCUCCUGUGUGCCAGCGUCUGCCUCUCACCUCCUUCCUCAUCCUGCCGUUUCAGAGGAUCACCCGCCUCAAGAUGCUGGUGGAGAACAUCCUGAAGCGGACAGCACAGGGCUCUGAGGAUGAAGACAUGGCCACCAAGGCCUUCAAUGCGCUCAAGGAGCUCGUGCAGGAGUGCAACGCCAGUGUGCAGUCCAUGAAGAGGACAGAGGAGCUCAUCCACCUGAGCAAGAAGAUCCACUUUGAGGGCAAGAUCUUCCCGCUGAUCUCUCAGGCACGCUGGCUGGUUCGGCACGGGGAGCUGGUGGAGCUGGCACCACUGCCCGCGGCGCCGCCUGCCAAGCUGAAGCUGUCCAGCAAGGCCGUCUACCUGCACCUCUUCAAUGACUGCCUGCUGCUCUCCCGGCGGAAGGAGCUCGGGAAGUUUGCUGUUUUUGUCCACGCCAAGAUGGCCGAGCUGCAGGUAAAGGACCUGAGCCUGAAGCUCCAGGGCAUCCCUGGCCACGUGUUCCUCCUUCAGCUCCUCCACGGGCCGCACAUGAAGCACCAGUUCCUGCUGAGGGCCCGGACGGAAAGUGAGAAGCAGCGAUGGAUCUCAGCCAUGUGCCCCUCCAGCCCCCAGGAGGACAAGGAGGCCAUCAGCGAGGGGGAAGACCGCCCCCAGGUUCAGUGUGUCAGGACGUACAAGGCACUGCAGCCGGACGAGCUGACCUUAGAGAAGACUGACAUCCUGGCAGUGAGGACCCGGACCAGUGACGGCUGGCUGGAGGGGGUCCGCCUGGCGGAUGGUGAGAAAGGGUGGGUGCCCCAGGCCUACGUGGAAGAGAUCGGCAGCCUCAGCGCCCGCCUCCGAAACCUCCGGGAGAAUAAGCGCAUCGCGAGUGCUGCCAGCAAACUGGGGGAGCCCCCCGUGUGAUGGGCAGCCAUGGCCUGGCCCCCUGCUCCCCGGCCGGCUCCUGGAUGGGUCUGGAGGGGCCUGCAGUGUCUCCAUGCCACAAGCCCCUGCUGCUGAGACUUCUGGUCCAUGGCCUGGCCUCGGGAGCGCAGGCUGGACACGGGAGGGAGUUACCUCGAGAGGGUCUCCCCCGUCCUCGUGCUCCUCACUGUCCACACUUCUGGCCGAGGGCAGCUCCUCCCUCUGGCGUGGGGGCCACAACGGGUGACCUCUGAUAUGGGGCAAGGACUGGGGCCCUCUCCCUUCCAUGCCUCCACCCGGCCUGACUCUUGUCCCUCUGGCAGGGGCCUGGCUGGGAACGGCUCUGGUGACGAUGGGUGCUGGGACCUAUAUAUCUACCUGGGGUCUUCUGGCCAGAGCCUGUGUGGGGCCUGGUUGCUGGGACUUGUCUGUAAAUAAACCCCCCUGAUGCCUUGGCUUGGAGUCCGUGAGCCCUCUGAUGCUGUCCGCUCCCCAGCCCCAUUUCCCAGCUGUAGAUCAGGAGGGUCUCUGGCUGCCUCCCAUUGUGAAUUUGCCCUUCUGUGAGUUCACCUCUUAGCCAGAGGUGGGUGAGAGGGGCGGCAUAUCAGUCAGACUGCCUUGGGCUGCAGUUAACAAAUCAGCAGAUUCAAAUAGGCCUAAACAUUAAAGAGAAUUUAUUAGUUCUUGUA